AUGAAUAAUGGAAAAUGUAGUAAGAAAUACCCUCAAAAAUUGGUCAAGGAUACUCAAACUGGAGAUGAUGGUUAUUCGACUUACAGACGGAGAUCACCAGAUGAUGGAGGUUAUACUGCAAUAUUAAAAGUUCGUGGUCAAACAGAAAUCGUGGUUGACAACCGUUGGGUUGUAUCGUAUUGUCCAGUGCUAUCUAGAGAUCCGACAGUUCAGCACUUGGCUGUUCAUCUAGAAAAUGGACAGCGUGUUUUCUUUAAAGCUAAUAAUCUUCAUCAAGUUAUUGAAAAUCCAAGAAAAACGACACUAACUGCAUUUUUUGAACUGUGUUCACAUGAUGAUUUUGCGAAAACACUGUUCUAUCAUGAAGUUCCUUCUUAUUAUAUCUGGGAUGAUAGCAAAGGCUGGUUAAAGAGAAGACGGGGAAAAGAUGUUCCAGGUCCUACAUCAUUUGAAAGCUUGAAGGCCUUUGAUGGAGUCAUUCACGCGACUUUUAAAGCUACCUGUUUUGCUCUUGGGCUUUUAGAAAAUGACGAGCAAUGGAAAAAUGUUCUAGCGGAGGCAACUCUUUCAGAAAGUCUUUCAAAAUUAAGAGAAUUAUUCGCAAUAAUCAUAGUUUUCUUCCAACCGUCUGAACCUCAAUCUUUGUGGGAACAGUUCAGAAAUGAUUUUUGUGGAGAUAUUCUUCAUACAGAGCGCACUCGAUUAAAUGACUUGCAAUUUACUUUUUCUGAUAAAAUAUUUAAUAGAGGUUUGAUUGAAAUAGAAGGUAAAGUUGUUUGUCUGUCUGAAAAAUAUUUAAUUGAAUUUGGAAUGAACUCACCUGUGCGAAAUGAAAAUGCAUCUGAUCUUUUUGAAUUCUCAACUUUUCGUUCUUACGAUAAUUACCGAUUACAAGAAUUUCGUGAUGAAUCAUCAAGGAAGAGUUUUUUUUUAGAUGCUCCGGGUGGUACAGGAAAAACAUUCCUAAUUAAUUGGUUGUUGGCUCAAAUUAGAUCUUCAGGUAAAGUUGCAUUAGCAGUAGCUUCAUCUGGUAUAGCAGCAACUCUCCUUAGUGGUGGCAGAACUGCUCACUCGACUUUUAAGUUACCGUUAAAUGUAUUAUUUGAUACAGAAUACGUUUGUCUGAUUCGUAAAAAUGGCCCUCUUGGAAAAAUUCUUCAAGAAACCUCAUUCGUUGUGUGGGAUGAGUGUACAAGUCACAGAUCACAUAUCGAAGCAAUUGAUCGAACAUUAAAAGAUCUUAGGUGUAAUAAUAAGUUUGUGGGUGGCAUAACAUUUGUUUUCGCUGGUAAUUUCCGUUAA